AUGUCGACUCGCAGACGCGGUCGUGAGCGAGGAAGAGGUAGACUAGGAAAUACGAACCUUGAAACGAUAGGAAAUGACCCUGUGAACUUUAUGGCCACCCUGGAAAACAUGGCUGCGGCUAUGCAUGCGACUGUUGAGGCGUUAGGCAACCAAACCAAUAAUGGGAAUGGCGAUAAUGGUGGAAAUGGGCCAAUGAUGCUCACCACUUUUCUGAAGAUACAUCUACCGACAUUCGGAGGAACCACGAACCCUACUGAGGCUGAUAAUUGGUUUCAAAAGAUUGAGCAGGCUUUACACACACAGCAAGUCCCUGAAGAUCAACGUGUUGAAUUUGCAACUUAUCAAUUGGCAGGUGAAGCUCAGUAUUGGUGGCAAGGGACGCAACGCCUUCUGCAGCAGUGUGAUGCUACUAUACCUUGGGAUGCUUUCCGAACUGAGUUUUACAAGAAAUACUUCCCCAAUUCGGUCAAGACAGCUAAGGAACUUGAACUGUUGCAGCUGAAGUAG